UUUAGUCUUCAGACGUAGUUAUGUACGGAGAAUAAAAUUAUCAUCAAGAAGAGCAAGAUGUCACUGUCAGUUUUAGAUAUACGAGCCAAAUUGUUAAAGGAAAAAAAAAAAAAGAGGACUCAGGACUAAAAGGGUGCCCAGUUUUUGAAGGGGCUGUAAAAUUUGGCUCAUUGGUUUUCAAAGUUGUUACCUUUGUGCUGAAUUUCCAAGGUACUUUAUCUUGUUCUCUUGCUUUUAGCUUCUGGGCACUCCUUAAGCUACCAAAUUAACUUCUUGGAAACCUAGCUCUUUAAGUUGUUGGGUGAGAUUGUCAUGCUGAAUGUUGCUACCAGGUGGUGGGCCAGGGAUGAAUUCUACAAUGGGUGAUAUCAACUUGAUUCAAGCACAAAGGCAUCUGGUCAGAUCUCUUGAUGAGGGGAUUGAUUUGGAGAUUGGACCUGGAGAUGAUGACCCUUCCUUCUCCAACACUCCUCUCAUUGGUGGCCCAACACAAGAACCUUCUGCUGAAGAGCAGGAUGAAUCUAAGCAGAUGGCAAUGGUCUCUCAACUCCCAAAUGAUGAUCAAGAUAUGUCGAAGGCACAACCUGCAAAAAGAAAGAAGAAGGUUGUGAAAAGAUGGAGAGAGGAGUGGGCUGAUACUUACAAGUGGGCAUAUGUUGAUGUGAAGGAAGGAACGGCAAGGAUAUUCUGCUCUGUUUGUAAAGAAUAUGGUAGAAAGCAUAGAAGGAAUCCUUAUGGGAAUGAAGGUAGUAGAAAUAUGCAGAUGAGUGCAUUGGAAGAGCACAACAAUAGUUUGCUUCACAAGGAGGCUCUCCGUCUCCAAAUGGCCUCGAAGGAUAAGAUUGUUGCUGAUAAACCCAUUAAUGUAAAAGCUCUUAUGUCCAAAACGGCUGGAUCAAUCAUUGAGGCUGCACUGAAAAGGGACCCCCAUGAAGCUGAGUUCAUACAAUCUGUACAAGAAGCUGUUCAUGCUUUAGAGAGAGUGAUUGCCAAAAAUUCCCAUUAUGUCAAUAUCAUGGAGCGCUUGUUAGAACCAGAGCGUAUGAUUGUUUUUCGAGUUCCAUGGGUGGAUGAUAAAGGUGAAACACAUGUCAAUCGAGGCUUCAGGGUACACUUUAACCAGGCGCUGGGUCCAUGUAGGGGUGGUAUUCGGUUUCAUCAAAAAAUGAAUUUAAAUAGCAAGUUUUCUCGAGCUUUACCCUUAAGUGCAUCCAAGACAUUAAAGAAUGCUUUAUCACCCUACAAACUAGGUGGGGCGGCAGGUGGAAGUGAUUUUGAUCCAAAAGGAAAGAGUGAUAAUGAGAUCAUGCGGUUUUGUCAAAGUUUCAUGAAUGAGAUGUAUCAUUAUUUUGGUCCUGACAAGGACCUUCCGUCAGAGGAAAUGGGAGUUGGUAUUAGAGAAAUGGGAUACCUCUUUGGACAAUACAGACGUUUAGCUGGUAACUUUCAGGGAAGUUUUACAGGGCCAAGGAUCUUUUGGUCUGGCUCUAGCCUUCGAACUGAAGCAACUGCUUAUGGCUUGGUUUUCUUUGCCCAGCUUAUUCUUGCAGAGUUGAAUAAAGAUAUCAAAGGACUGAGAUGUGUUGUAAGUGGUUUUGGAAAGAUUGCAUUGCAUGUUCUGGAAAAGCUUGUUGCUGUUGGUGCUCUUCCAAUUACAGUAUCAGAUUCGAAGGGAUACUUGGUUGAUGAGGAUGGAUUUGAUUAUGUGAAAAUAUCAUUUUUGAGGGAUCUCAAAGCUCAACAAAGAAGUUUGAGAGAUUAUUCAAAGACUUAUGCUCGGGCUAAGUACUAUGAUGAAGCAAAGCCUUGGAAUGAAAGGUGUGAUGUCGCAAUUCCCUGUGGUUCUCAAAAUGAAAUUGACCAGGUUGAUGCCAUUAAUCUGGUUAAUUCAGGUUGUCAUAUACUUGUAGAAGGCUCAAAUAUGCCUUGCAGUCCUGAAGCAGUUGAUGCAUUGAAAAAGGCUAAUGUUCUCAUUGCUCCUGCCAUGGCCGCUGGUGCUGGAGGGGUUGUUGCAGGAGAAAUUGAAUUAAACCAUGAGUGUAAUGUAAUGCAUUGGUCACCGGAGGAUUUUGAAUCUAAAUUACAGCUAAUUUUACAUCUGGUUAUGACCAAAUUUAGUGAGGAUUCUUCUCUGCACAUAAACUUGCAGGAAGCAAUGAAACAGACAUUCCAUAGAGCCCUCAAAGCAGCAAAUGAUUUUGGUUAUCAAAAAGAAAGUCCCGAGGCUUUGCUACAUGGAGCGGUCAUCUCUGCUUUUCUGGCCAUUGCUCAAGCCAUGACUGAUCAAGGAUGCGUAUAGAAAAGAAAGGUGUAGAAUUAUUUGUACGUGCACCAAGGCUGCUUCUUGGUUGUCAGUACCUGUGACCUCUGGAGACUGCACUCCAACUUUAUUACAUGGGUUUUCAGAUCUCGAUCUUUGAAGUAAAUGCCAGGAAAAAUUAGAGAUAUGACAAAUCUCUUUGUAACAUACAUUUGUAAUGUACUAGUAAUGUUGAAGACUUGGGAAAGGAUAACUUGUUUAGAAUUUCAUUGGAAUAGUAAUUAGGAGAAGCAACGUGUCAUAGUUGUUUAUUCUUGGCCUGCAAGAGUUGCCUAGAAAUUUUAGCUCAGUACUGAGAGUCUGUGACAUACUUGACAGCAACAAUAAUUUAAAAUAAAAUAUAUCAUUUCUUGCUAUUUUGAAUUCUUU